AUGAAUUCCAGUUCUGCCGCAGGAAGUAGCGGAGGCGGGAACAACAUCAAAGUUGUUGCCCGUUUCCGUCCGCAGAACAAAGUCGAACUCGCGAAUGGAGGCCAACCGAUUGUCCAAUUCAUGGGCGACGACACCGUCCAGCUUCAGUCCUCCGAAACCAAUGCCCCCUUCACGUUCGAUCGAGUCUUUGACAUGUCCUCUCAACAAGCCAACAUAUUUGAUUUCUCCAUAAGGUCCACGGUGGAAGAUGUUAUGAAUGGUUACAACGGCACGGUCUUCGCCUACGGCCAGACUGGUGCUGGAAAGUCUUAUACGAUGAUGGGAGACAUGGACGAUCCAGACAAGAAGGGUAUAAUUCCUCGAAUCACCGAACAGAUAUUCGAUUCCAUUCUUGUUCACGGUUCCGCGCAAAUCGAAUAUACCGUGGGCAUCUCUUACCUGGAAAUUUACAUGGAACGAAUACGUGAUCUGCUGAACCCCGUUAUGGACAAUCUUCCCAUCAACGAAGGACCAAGGGGCCCAUAUGUGAAAGGUCUGCGCGAAAUUUAUGUCAAUACCGUGGAGGAAGUCUAUACGGCUAUGCAUCUGGGCCAGAGAUCAAGAGUCACCGCGUCCACCAACAUGAAUCUGGAGUCAUCGCGUUCGCAUUCAAUAUUCUUGGUUACCAUAAAUCAAAAGGAUGUCAACACCGGUUCGCAAAAGAGUGGUAUGCUAUAUCUCGUAGACUUGGCGGGUUCAGAAAAGGUCGGCAAGACGGGCGCCAGUGGACAGACAUUAGAAGAAGCAAAGAAGAUCAACAAGAGCUUAAGCGCACUCGGAAUGGUCAUCAAUGCACUGACAGAUGGCAAAUCAACACAUGUCCCCUAUCGAGACUCCAAGUUGACCCGGAUUCUGCAGGAAAGCUUGGGCGGUAAUUCAAGAACGACGCUGAUUAUAAAUUGUUCCCCCAGCAGCUACAAUGAUGCCGAAACCGUCAGCACCCUGCGAUUCGGUAUGAGAGCAAAGACGAUCAAGAACAAGGCCAAAAUCAACGCCGAGUUAAGUCCUGCGGAGCUCAAGCGCCAGCUCAAGAUUGCUCAGAACCAGACCAUGACUUUUGAAAAGUAUAUUGCAUCAUUGGAUUCGGAGCUACAGCUAUGGCGGAAGGGCGAGACGGUGCCCAAAGAAAAAUGGGUGCCUCCUUUAGGGGGUUCAGGACAGAAAUCAGAAGCCAAGGCAAGACCGGACACACCUUCAAGAGCGCCAUCAGAACUUCUCAGAUCAGACACCCCUAGUAGGCCCGAUUCACGGACGGGCGAAAGAUCAAGUACGCCCAGCAUUAUACUCGAGAAAGACGAGCGAGAGGAAUUCUUGCGCCGCGAGAAUGAACUUCAAGACCAACUUACUGAAAAGGAGACCCAAGUAGCCAAUGCGGAGCGAAGCCUCCAAGAGGCUCGAGAAGAACUCAAGUCAUACAAGGAAGGUGCCAUGCGGACAGCCAAGGAGAACGAGACCAUGGCGGAUAAACUGAACAAGUCGCAAUUAGAGCUACAAAAGUUGUCGUACCAGAGCAAGGAGGAUGCAAUCACGAUGGAAGGGUUGAAAGACGCGAACUCAGAGCUAGAGGCCGAGCUAAUUUCGGUCAAGCAGCAGCUGCUGGAACUCAAGAUGAGUGCCAAAGAGACCACGGCGGCCUUGGACGAAAAGGAUCGCAAAAAGAAAGAGAAAAUGGCAAAGAUGAUGGCAGGCUUUGACCUAGGUGAUGGAGCGUUCUCCGACAACGAAAUUCGUAUGCGAGAGAUGCUUAAUCAAGUGGAGGCAUUGCAUGCUGCAAGCCUUAACGGCGAAGCUGUUCCAAGCCAUGUGCUUGAAGACCUACGCUCGAAACUGUUGGAAUCACAGACGCUAGUUCGACAGGCAGAGAAAUCUCUCAAUGAACGCGCCGAGGACGAUCACGAGGAUCGAACAGUCGCGCUGGAGGAGAAACUGGCCGCUAUGCAGCAAGAUUAUGAAGACUUGUUGACUCGGAAAUUGAGACCCGAAGACGUGGAAGAUGUCAAGGGACGACUCGAGCAGUUGUUCUCGGACCGCAGGGAUGCCCAAAGCGAGCUUGUGCACGACUUGCGAGAUCAACUUACACACAGGUCGCAGGAAAUCGACCGGCUACAGAAAACCAUCACGGACCUCCAGUCACGUGGUGCAGCCAACGGCGCGGGCGUAGCCAACGGCGUUACGAGCAAGACUUUACAACAACAAAUCGCCGACUUCGAAUCUAUGAAGAAGAACCUGAUGCGUGAUCUACAGAACCGGUGCGAGCGCGUAGUCGAGCUGGAGAUCUCACUAGAUGAGACACGUGAGCAAUACAACAACGUGCUUCGAUCCAGCAAUAAUCGUCAACAACAGAAGAAGAUGGCAUUCUUGGAACGCAACCUUGAGCAACUCACAGUCGUGCAGAGGCAGCUUGUCGACCAGAACACUAGCCUGAAGAAGGAAGUCGCCAUCGCGGAACGAAAACUGAUUGCCCGAAACGAACGGAUCCUGAGUCUGGAGAGUUUGUUGGCUGAGAGCCAAGACAAAUUGACAGCAGCUAACCACAGAUUCGAGGCACAACUUGCUGCCGUCAAGGAACGUCUCGAAGCCGCAAAAGUAUCAUCAAGAAACAUGGCGACUGCUGGAGCUGGCGUGCCCGGUGGAUUUAACCUCAUGAACGCUGGUGCAAGGAUAGCCAAACCCCUCCGUGGAGGUGGCGGUGCGCCGUCACAUCUCGAUGGAGCCAAUGGGGCGCCUGGCUUACCGAUUAUCUCAAACCUGAGCGGAUCAGAAGGAGGCAAUAAACGAAGCAGUUGGUUUUUCAACACAAAUCGAUGA